UGCUAUGCACUGGCACUGCCAUGAUUCCCGAUGCAAGCGACCCCUGUCGUCCGGUUCCAUUUUCCUCCCUCUCGCCUCACCCCUGCUUUCUCGCCACCUCAGGAGCAUUACACCUGAAGCAACCCGGCCGGCCUGGUGAGCACUGAGGCACUGAGCAGUGAGCGCCUAUAAAAGAUUCCAGACGUGGAGGCCGGUAGAGCGAUCAGGUCUAGGCGCAGCUCGUGCAGGCGGAAUCAGAAUUUCAGAUACGCGCGCGCAAAGGGGGCAGAGACGGUGACCGGGGGGCUCUUUCUACUGCGCGUACAACGCACGGCGUCCUGCCGCGCGCGCGCGCUCCGUCUCUUCUUUUACGCGCGGUAGGCGGAAAGACCUCCGCGACGGCGCGACCCCUUGCGCUGCGUGUGUCUCCCGCCCCCCCGCCAACCUCGCGCGCCUUGCCUGCUUUCCUCGGCCCCCCCUUCGUCUUCCUCCUCGCCGCUACUACCCGCCGACUAGCCAUUGGAGACGCGUAGGGCGGUUGCCAUGGGGAGUGGUCGCAUGGGGAUCCGGAGGUGGUUGGUUUCUGCUGCUACGAUCUUGGUCCUCCUGCAGGUCUUCCUCUUCCACCCGGCGACGUCGCAGUCGUUCAUCGGCGUCAACUACGGGACGAUCGCGGACAACCUCCCGCCGGCGGCGUCGACGGCCAGCCUGCUCAUGUCCACGUCCAUCGGCAAGCUCCGCCUCUACGAGCCGCAGCCGGACCUGGUCGCGGCGCUCGCGGGCUCGAACAUCUCCAUCCUGUUGGGCAUCCCCAACGGAGACGUGCCGAACCUCGCGUCCUCCCCGGCCGCCGCGGCCUCCUGGGCCGCCGCCAACAUCCCCACCACGGUGACCGUCUCCGCCAUCUCCGUCGGAAACGAGCUGCUCAACUCCGGCGACCCCACCCUCGCGCCCCAGCUCCUCCCCGCCAUGCAGAACCUCCUCGCCGCGCUCCCCGCCGGCUCCACCACCAAGAUCUCCACGGUGCACUCCAUGGCCGUGCUGUCGGCGUCGGACCCGCCGUCGUCGGGUGCGUUCCACCCGGACCUCGCCGGCAGCCUGGACCCGGUGCUGGACUUCCUCCACCAGAACGGCGCGCCCUUCAUGAUCAACCCGUACCCCUACUUCGCCUACGCCUCCGACACGCGGCCGGAGACGCUGGCGUUCUGCCUGUUCCAGCCCAACGCCGGCCGCGUCGACGCCGCGUCCGGGCUCACCUACACCAAUAUGUUCGACGCGCAGCUGGACGCCAUCCGCGCCGCGCUGGACGCCAAGGGGUACACCGACGUGGACAUCGUCAUCGCCGAGACCGGGUGGCCGUACAAGGGGGACGCCGACGAGGCUGGCGCGACGGUGGACAACGCCAGGGCCUACAACGGCAACCUCGUGGCGCACCUCAAGUCCCAGGCCGGCACGCCAAGGACGCCGGGGAAGUCGGUGGAUACGUACAUCUUCGCGCUCUACGACGAGGACCUCAAGGGCGGGCCGGAGUCGGAGCGCUCCUUCGGGCUGUACAAGACGGACCUGACGGCGAACUACGACGCCGGGCUCGCCAAGAGCGGCAGCACGGCGGCUCCCACCAUUCUGACUCCAUCUCCGCCGCAGCAGGGCAUGCUGCAGCCGAGCAGGGGGGCGACGCCGACGCCAACGGGGUUCUGCCAGACGACGGCCGCCGUGCCGGGCAGCACGCAAGGCCAGCAGGUGACGCAGACCAGCUCGUGCUACAUCCCUGCCGAAGCCGUGUCGCGGCGAGCUGACGCCGGGACACGGCAGCUUGUUUGGUUUGGUGUUUUGCUGUGCCUGGCCAUGGUCGCCGGCAAGUAGCUACAGCAAUACAGCGUUUGUAUGUGUCGGAACUAGUACAGUAUACAGUAAAGGCUUUUGCAGCCCACUCGCUGCCACCGUAUAUAUAUUAGAUUUCACGAAAACAGCUACACACAGUCGAACGUUGAGCCGGUUC